AUGGGCAUAAUAUCUACUCUAACCCGCCGCAUGCGCAACAACCGCGUAACAAGAAGGCUCUCAACCUCAAGCACCAAGCUCGAAGAUGAAGACUCCAACGACCUAAUCAAAACAACCUGGGAAACAGCAUCCGCGACUCGCCCAAGCGUCGAAUCAACCUCAACAAUGGUCCAUCACACCCUCCAGGAUCCAGUCCUCCCAUCAGAGUCCCCAAACAGACUCCGAAUCAAAACAGACAACGUGAAUAUGCGCACAUUAUUCGACCAAACCCCAAUCUCCCCAACAGACCGCGCAAAAGAGGCCCUCUCAAAUAACGAAUAUCCAAUCUUCAAAUUGGACAUGUGUCAAUCACCCUUCCAAGCACCGAAGAAACUACAAGAUCCGCUGGAAACGAAAGACUGGCGCGGUCGAAGUGCCAGUAUCAAAAAUGGGGCUCAUAAGAGUGCGGAGUGCUCUUCUUCGACCUCGAUUGAGAAACAUGCAGUGCAGAAGAAUAAUAGAAGGUCUAUGACUGCUCUGUUGAAGAAGCACUGUGGGUUGAAUAUUCCGCGCUCGUCGCUUUCGAUUAAGAGGGGUAAUAGUCCGUCGCCGAAAUGGUUGGACUCGGCAGAUAUGAAGGAUGAGGGAGAAUUAGUGGACAUGAAGAAUGAGAAGCUUUUGGAGGUGCAUUUGCAGAAUGGGAAGAGGAAUAGUAUGUGGCAUGUCGGUUUCGGGAGGCCUUGGUAG